AUGUCUGCAUGAAUAUUUGGAUGUACGUAUGUGUGAGUAUAUAAGGCACGUAGGCCGUGUGUAUAGUCAAUGUAGCGCGUGCAUGAACACAGGAUAUGCGUGGCAUGUAUGGUACACGUGUGGUGCAUGUAUGUAUCCACUGCGUGCGUGCGUGUCAUCAAGCGCGCGGUACGUAAAGCGUCACGCGCCCGCUGCACGUGGCACGCGCCCGCUGCACGUGGCACGCGCCCGCUGCACGUGGCACGCGCCCGCUGCACGUGGCACGCGCCCGCUGCACGUGGCACGCGCCCGCUGCACGUGGGGUGCAUGUUGCAUGUACAUCACGGCGUGUGCGUGCACAUCAUGACGGCGUGUGCGUGCACAUCAUCACGGCGUGUGCGUGCACAUCAUGACGGCGUGUGCGUGCACAUCAUGACGGCGGGUGCGUGUAUAGUGAAAUAAUGAAUGCGGGAGUCCGCCCGUCGCCAGAGCUCUGCGUAUCGCGAGAGUUGGUUGCGUUCCCUCCUCCUCCUCUCCCCUCCCCUCCGGUCCGCUCACAAAGGCACCAGUCACGGCGUCUCGGUGUCUCACUCCCCCCCCCCCCUUCGUCUGCGUCUCUCUCUGUCUGUCUCUCAGCUCCCCUCGUCUCUCCUCGUAUCCUCUUUCCUCCUCUUCAUCAUCCUGCUCCUCCUCCUGCUCCUCCAGCAACAGCAGCAGCAGUUGCUGCUGCUGCUGCCCCCAUCCUCUCGCCCCGUGUUCACGCCGCCGUGGCCAUUACGAGUCCGGCCUGGAGGCUGCGUCCAGGGAAGCGGCCGGGGUGCAGGGCUGCACUCAUGUGCGAAGGGACGACACGAGGAGGACACCUCGCCCGAACAUCAUCAUCAUCAUCCGGUGUGGACACGACGCUCACCUCGUGACCCCGUGACCCCUAGGCGGGGGUCACGGCACCGGCGCGAUGCUCCGGGUGCUCACCAAGAGGCUUCGGGCUCAGUCGCUGAGCGAGCCAUGGCCUGGCUCCGCCAAGGUGACGUGCUCCUCCAGCGACGAAGAUGAGACUCAGGACUCGGAGGAUGAAAAUCAGGAGCUGGCCCUCAUUGACAAAGAACACCGGCGGUGCGGCGGUGGUGGAACGGGAGCGGUGCAGGCCGUGCACCAUCAGUGGGAAUUCCGCGCGGUCUCGCGGACCAGCUCAGCACCGGAGCGUCCCGGCUGCGAAGACGACCCCGAGCGACCUCCCGGGGCGGCGGCGGUGGCGGCGCCUUUCACCGACCGGCGCGGGUGCGGCACGGUCCAGCGGCCCCAGUCGCUGCCCGAGAAGCGCAAACGCGCCCCCAUGGACGGCUGCUGCCAGGCCGGCGGCGGCGCUGGCAGCGUUUGCUCGAGCGACGACGAGGUGAAGGCGCUGUGCGUCGACGCGGGGACCGGCGGCUGCGGCAGCGGUGCCGUCUUCGGGCCGCUGCCUCCGCAGGCCGAGCAAGACCCCGGGUGCGAGCACCCCAGCGCCUUCAGGCCGAUCCAGCAGAACGAGCAGGACGGCGCGUGCGACGCAGUGCGUGGCGGCAGCCGAUCGCAGCAGAAUCACCACCACCAGCAGCAGCAGCAGCAAUAUUUGUCGCCGUGCAAGCGGCUGAGGCCGGGCUGGGAGCAGGCGGCCAGGCCCAGCCUCGACCUGGAGAAAAUGCAGCAGAAGAUGGCGUGGCGCAGGCAUUGGGGCCCCGGUGCGAGGACGCGCAUUCUCAAGUUCCGGAGCAUCGGCGGAGGCCCCACAUCCCCCUGUUGCCUGGGUGACACUUCGGUGUUUGCGUUCCGCCCGCCGGGCCUGCUGGUGCCCGUCAAGCCCGUGGCAUCUUCGGAGGGGCCCUCCUGUGCCUACUGAUGGCGCGGCGCACCCUCGCGGGCCGGGGCCGACAGCGGGGCCCUCCGGACGGGUUUCCGGUGUCCCUCGCGCCCACUCCCCCUGGUCUGCCCCGGGCCACACCCCCCCGUCCGCAGGCUGCGGUGGAACAGUCGGUGGUCGGUGACCACGCCGUGCUCUCGGCCACCCGCCCACCCCCCGGGGGGAGCGUGCUGGGAGCGAGAGAUCGUCUCGUCAGGGUUCUUGUUUGGAAUUGGAGACGCCGCGCGCCCGGCUGUGAUCGCCGAUGCUUCUGUCCGGCUGUCCGGCCGCCGCGGUGCAAGGGGACGCUUCCACAAACACGUCAAGGAUUUGUUUUACUUCGCUCUGCCUUCAUCCGGCUCGUGUUCAAAUCUUGACGGAUACACGCGCGCACCCCGCUGUAAUUUAUUUUGCUUUCACGUGUGGCUUUUUGUUUGUUUGUUUCACUCGCGCGAGUUGCCCCACGCAAUCAACUCGGUGCCCGUGUCUGUGCGCGGGGCCAUGCACUUGCUAGUUUCCCAAAUUACGCGAGUGCGAAUUGUUUCCCCAAAGUAAUCGGUUGGAGUCGCGAGGUUCGCCGUCUCCGGAAACCAAACUGUCCAAGCGUUGCAAUGAACUUGCGUAAGAACCAGAGAGAGAGGUGCAGCAAAAGCGGCAUUCGGAGGUUUUUUUUUACAUGACUCCUUCGCUCCCUAAUUAUCCGGCCCCGUGGCCUCUUGAGGAAGAAGUUGUGUGGCUAUGCGCUCCGAACGGCAUGCGCCAAAUUGGAGGCCAGGUCCAGGGAGGGGGUUCAGAUCCAGGAUAUUCGGCUGCCUGUGAUUGAACGGGGUUCUCAAACGCAGUGAGUUUAUAGUUUCAGGCCAGUCACCGAUGACUGAACACAAAGCCGCAUCACGUAAAAAAAAAUGUUCUGCACUUUGGCAACAUUUCUGCUCUGAGAAUGAAAUCUCAUCGGUUUUAUCGUUCAUUGCGGUGAACUUUGCCCUCAUGAGACAGAGCGGGAUGGGGAAGUUCUGCCCUCUGUGAAAUCCGCUUCUUGUGGGCUGUUGUCUUACGUGAAGGGUUCCGCUGCUCCCAGAGGUCAAAGUGUUUGUAUUACAUCUCGUGACGCGAUACCAAUGACUCAAUCAAGGUAAAUUUGUUUUUUAAUUUUUUGGUUUAAUGAGAAAGUCUCUUACUCGCCCCUCACUUAGCUUCUCCAUCUCCUCUGUGUCUCCGUCUGCCCUUGUGCCGCUCCUCAGAGUGGCCUCGUUUGCACAACAACCGCGCACGCAACGAUCCAUGACCAGCGCACCGAGUGCCAAAAUCAUUUUGCGGAGACUCGGGGACCCUGAAUGAAAUCAGCCGCUGUGACCUUGCAGUUUGUAAUUGUGACAGUGCAUUGUCACUGAUGAAUUAACUGCACACAAUGCCACAUCACGCUCUCUGGUUUGAUCUUUUUAAAAUUCGCGAUGAACUUCGGGCACCAUCAGUCCGUGACCGCUCGCCAUUCACGAUCUAACAUUCGGCUUAUUUCCGCAUGAAGCUCUGGCAUUUUCCAAUGUCUUGUCUUGAGUCGGACGUCCUAAGCGUCUUUAAUAGAAUGUUUCACCGAGCCGAUUAUCUGCUGUGCGAAACGUGUUGCCUGUGCUUUGUUUGAACAUGACGUUAUACUACCCUCGGAUAUUAUAAGCUGUUUAUUUUAAGCGCGGCGUUUGGUUGACUCGAAAGGCAGUAAACGGCAGAGCGGAAGUGGUACUAUCGCAAAGCCGCGCAGUUACUGUUUGAGUUUUAGGAUCCGACAAGAGAAGGAACGCUCCGAUAACGUUCGAGACAUUGGCGUAUUUGCAAAGCGCGUACGGGAAACUGGGUGGCGCUCGUCAACACACUUGCACGAGGAGCACAAAACAAAAGAUUGUUCGGCGUGCAAGCGGAACCGGUGGGUGGGGAGGCCGGGUGAAGCACAAUGGAAAGAGAAGGCUAUGAUUUACCGCGGACCGUUUCUCAAUCUCACAUUCCGUGAACCUCGCAUCGCUCGCACAGAUUUCCGUCCGGGUUGAAGGAGGUGUUUCCUGUUUACAGAAAAGUUCGCCGCAAAAGCCGGGAGACGCGUUUUGUAAGACUCACGCGACGCCGUUGAGCCAGAAGGGCUGGUGAUUGUUGACAAAUAUUCUUUAGAACCUUUGACCACUUCCUUCAGUCGUUUUGUGGCCUUGAGUGUGGUAUUGUUCCGGGCAGGUUCAGCACAACCGGACUUUGCAUAUGUGUUCAUAAAUCGGUGAACCGGAAACGUUGCAGUCUUUCAUUUUAUUCCCCCCUUCACCGGUUAAUUUUCCGUGUUUUUGUUCUCCCUUCAUGACAUUUCUACAAACACAUCUGUGCAAAGGUUUUAAUGUCGCCGUGUGAUGGCCACUGAAAUUGGGACGGCUUCGGCCGGACUCCCAUCUUCCCCCCCCACCCCCGACCCUGUUUGGCGGUGGCCCGCCACCUCGGCCGUACAUCGGCCGAACGUUGGCCAGUCCGUGCGGUGUCUUGUGUGUCGCGAGCCACUUCGUGUCUUCACGCGUUACGCACGCUGUGCACAAGAGCCGAUCGAUGUCCCAGAAUGAACUGCAGUUUCUGGACGGGGAGGGGGGGGGGGCUAAACGCUUCUGUGUUGAUUAUUGUUGCUGAAAUCUGCUGACAAGCGGAUAAACGGCGGUUGUCGAGGAUUUUUUUUUAUAUAUAAGGAAGAGAUUUUACUGCCAUUGCUGUUGGACGCUGCGUCGGAGAGCUGUCGCAAAUCGGAAAUGUAAACCUCUGUUGCUCGCCCUGGGGCCAGUGAAAUGUAGGCUGCAGCGAUCCGCAGCUGCAGUAAUUUAGUUUCCAAGAAGACGUAAAAUAAAUGUGUAUUGCAAUGGAGCAUAGGAAGUAUCGAAAGUCGUAACAAAAAUAUUUCAUAAUGAACGUUACGCAUUCCAGCACUUUAGAGGUCGCAUGUUUAAGGCUUACGACGUCGUGAUUUUGGUUUUCACUUUGCUGACGGUGUUGAUAUUGACCGUGUUGUUGAUGUUGAUCUUUCCGCCACUGGGGCUUUCGUGGCGAUGAUUGUAGAGGAUGACCCCGGGGCGUGGGCCACCUCGUGUCGCCGGCGCAACGGUGACCUUUGCGGCCGGUGGCCGAAAAGCCCCGCGACCCGUUUGCGCGAACCGCAUGACCCCGACGUAUUGGAGCAGCUGGGCCUGCACCUUACUCCUGUCCACACCCCGAGUGUCUCCCCUUCGGUGGCCAAACGACCUGCUUUGGCCAGAACAGGGCAGUGUCCCCCUCCCCAAGCUUUUGUGAAAAUCGGGAUUUUGUCGCCGGUUUAAAAUGUUCUGGCGUCAUGCCCCCGACUCGUGAUGCCUGGCCAGUGGCAAGGGCUACAUGAACAGUUCUCUGAACAGUGGGCGGGGCUACGUGCGUGGUGGGUGGGGCCUAUGGGAAGUAGGCGGGGGCUAUGGGAAGGAGGCCGGAGCCAUUGGCAAACUCGAGCGGGGCCGUUGGGUGGUGGAGCCAGGGGUGGUUAUGCAAAGGGCGAAGUCCCCGAUGGAGACAGGGGGGGCCUCCAUGUGUCCUGGUUGAACCUCCCAAUGCUCAAACGAGCAUCUGGUAAAUUCCACAAGCUGACUGCUUAGGGUAUUCGUGGGUCACUACCCGGAAAGUGGCACUCAUUUUAUUGAUCCCUGAAAGAUGAUGGUCAGAUGUGAAUCCCGAUCGGGAUUCGAAGCACAUGCCAAAUAGCCAUCGAGAUUCUCAGAGAGACAUUGACUUUUUUUUGGGCGGGGGGCGGCGGGUGAGGUUGGAUUUCGCGUCCACAGAGAUGGAGCAAUGAGAGUUCAACUCGUGUGCAAGGUUAGAUGGCUUGCAUCGCGAGGCCACACGAGUGAUGGCGAUGGCUUAGGGAGGCCUUCACCCUACGGUGGAUAGAUCACAGCUGAUGGACGAUAAGGGCAACGCCUGCUUUGCGUCCUGCGCACGUUUAUUCGGUCGCUGCUGCGCGUCUGCGCAAGCCGGAUUGGCUAUUACUAUUUUAACUGAUAAUUGUUAACAGUAAUCGUUGUUUAUGAGCGCAGGGCCGCCUAGAGGGGGGGUGAACAGAAGGGGAUAUUUGCCGCGGACGUUACACAAACGAGUUCCCCGCGACAGGGCCUGUGGGUAGUGGAAUCGGGGAGGCCCACGUGGCAUUCCACCCCGAGCCCCCAGGAGCCUGCGAGCAGCCCAGGCUAAAGGACACUGCACGCACACGGCCACGUGAGAGCGUUCCUCGCCACGUGGCCUUCUCCAGCCAGUCGGACGCUCUACGGCAGAAUUGAUGGAUCAUUCCAGCGGGAGUAACGAUGGUUAAUUGUGUUAAUGAGCGACUCCUUGAUCAACAUCGCUCGCACGACAAGACCGGAUUCUCCUUUUGAUUUGGAUGUACAAAAUUGCUUUAUUAUUCCAAGAAGACGUACCGAGGUAGGGUUACACGCAAGGUAGGUGCCUGACCCUAACCCCCUAAUCCUGAAACCAACUUGGUUCAGGGCGCUUGGUUGGCAGACAAUGGCAGUGUGGCCUUGUGUCAGGAAUGAAAAUGUGAAGUGAACGCGAGCGGCGAAUCUGCCCGGCGGAUUCAUGCGGCAGAUUUUUUGGGGUCAGUCAAAUGGUGCGGGAGUCCAGUCGUAACGCAAAGCGAGCGACCCUCGGUGUCCUAGAGUUAUUAUGGUGUCGUGUAUAAUUAGCCAGGAAAAUCAUCCACGUGGUCGGCUGGCAAUGCUUGGCUUUACUCGUGCGCACAAGUUGGGGCACCACCACCCAUUCGUCCAACAAGGGAGGCGUUUUGACCACAGGGCGGAGAUCAUAGCCAACGCAGGAGGUGCAAUCGGAGAUUAAUUUGCCACCGAAAAAUAUUCCAGGUCUCUGAUAGACUCGAGUAGGCUUUGCGACUAAUAGCCGCAGCAAUAGCAGCGAGGGGUAUGGUGGAUGUUGGUGGGCCCGGUGUGCGAAAAUGUUUCCUGGACUACCGAGCCGGGGACAGAGCCCGGCUGCCAUCAAGGAGGGGGGUGGGGGGGCGGCCCCUUUUGUGUUCGCAGCUUCAGUCUCCAGCGUGACGAGGCCAGGGCGGCAGGGCGGUCGCCACACGCGCUCGAAGCGUCCAUGGGCAUCGUCGCGUGCGUGGGGGGCACCGCUCGCCGCUGUCGCAUGGGGGGCGGGGGGGGAGACGUCUCGGCCCGUCUAGUCGCGAGCGUUCGAAAUUCGAACAAGCGCUAAUCCACAUUCACGAUGAAAUCGCCGCUUUCUCCGAUUAACACUGCCGAGUGACAAUGAAUACAUAUCGUAGCCUGACGUUUUGGGCAAUCAGCCUCUGCUCUGAAGAUGAGCCAUUGCCCGAAACGUCAGUUUGCAAUGUGCUGCAUAUAAUCUGUCUGUGAAGUCACACGCUUAACUCUGUGCACCGCAAAGUCUGCCACGGACCUCAGGUUGGCACCACACCAAGGGAGCAGCAGGAACGCACCACUCCCAUCAUUCCUCGCUUGCAUGGGCAUGUGGCCACCACAUUUCACGUGCGGUACAACGCUUCUCAGCCUUGCCCAGACCUCCAGCUCUAGAGCUGCGUGUAUCGCCACCCGUGCGUCCUGAGCUUUGUUAGUUUGCGUCAUCAAAAGCGUUGUUGGUCUCCUGCGUGGGAUUCCGACUCUUAAAUCGCAUGCGCCACUUCGCCCCGUUGUGCCAAGCACCAAUUCGCUGCGAUGCGUGGCGCUGAAGUACGGCCCUCGUUGUGCGCGAAAUACGCCCGGAUUGAGUUGAAUUCAGUGGCGACCAGGGCGCUGCCUAAUUCGCACGGCGUUGCCUCUCGAUCGUGCGGUCGUCUCUCGCACAACCGUCUCCACCGUGACCGCCCAUUCUCAAUUCUCUACGUCCGGCGAAUUAUUCGUACACUUUGGGCGGCGUAUUCUAGGCGUAAAUUGUCUUGCGUUGACGACGCACUGUGCCGAGUCUGUGGAAUUUAGUUUCCACGGGCAUGUGUACACUCGUUAACAAAAAAAGUUCCAGCCGUUGCCAAUCCACCGACGGAUGAGAGAGACCUCGCCACGCCAUCUCGGCCACGGGUUAUUGUGUUUGUUUUGUGACCACACUUGACGCUGCUCGGUGGAGAUUGGGGGCGUGAGGGCAGGGGCAGCGCUGAUAUCGCCUGCCACCGAUGGCUAUAGCCGUGGGCAGGAAUCAAACUCGCCCGCUUCACCGUGCAGCGCGCCGAGCACUGUAGCACGUACUUAAGGAACACACUGUAUAUAUGUAUAUAAAUACAGUACGUACUUAAAACGCUGUGCAAUGAACUGUUGAUAUUCGAUGUUAUGGAAUGCGUCUCGAACACAGCAUUAUCGUUAAAGCAUCGUUGUGGGGAAUGUCGAGAACAAAAUAAAUAGUGCUCCUCGUAGUUUGCGUGUCCAAGCAGGACCCACGUCUCAUACAGUGGGUCCUUGCCGAUUGACAUCGGGCAGUGCACCAGCAUUGGUUUGAGCAAGCCUGACUGCUGAUGAGACGCUUGAAUGCUGAUCCUGACCUAGAGUUUUGCUUGUGCUGCUCAUGGAGAUGCAUUCCACAGGAAGCCAUGAGGCCCGAUGGGUUUCGCUCGAGAGGCGAACGUGGGAAGUUGAGAGGCGUUUUCUUUGGUUCUUUCGGUAAAGUCACAUAGAAUGAGAAUAAAAUAAUAAAUUGAUAAAAUAAAAUAACCCAAUAAUAUUUUAUCAAUUUAUUAUUUUAUUCUCAUUUUACGUGACUUUACCGAAAGAACCAAAGAAGAUGAAUCAUUGCAGUCACGAAAGCUUUAAAUCGAAAUUUGAGAGGCGUUGUUUGUUUUGUACUAUCGCUCGGUCAUGGAACCAACCCGCUCAUCAUCAACGCGUUAGGAGCUGCCCCGGUCCGGGCUCGAGCUGCCGUUGACAGGCCGUGAAUGUUUGGCCAAGGGCCUCUCGGUGAGUUUGUUGGGCGACCACAUCCCUGUAAAGGUUACCGCUUUAAUUCAAUGCUCACCGCUAGUGGCUUAACGAUCCCCCCUCCUCGCGCUUCAACGAAAUCACCGAUGGAAUCCGUCUUAUUUUAUACCGCCCCCCCGCUUGAAACAGACUGCAGAGGCAGGGUUCACGGCUUGACAAGGCUCAUGUUCACUGGCCCUUCUCUGAGAAAUAUCCGCUUACAUCUCUUUAGCCACCACUGAGGAAAAUCACCAAGGCACUGUUUGUCGACGUGUGAAUCUGGUCCCUGGACAUGAUGGCCUCUUACCUGGUUAUACACCUUAAUCCAGCAGUCGUUUCACCAUGGCUGCUGCUGCUGAUGAUGAAGAUGGUCAUCGUGAAGAAGACCUGAUCAUGAUGAUCUCUUCAGUGGCCUAGGAUCACCGCUCGAAUUUGUUAUGGACUGGUUGACAGAGGACCGUGGCUGGACCCGUUUGUCAAGUUUGGUCAGCUCUGCCUGUUAUUGUGCAACGAUAUUGACGUAUUCUGAGCAGUAUCGAUCUCUUCAGCAUUUGCAUGUUUGGGAUCCUGCGCUCCUCCUGGUGAUAUAAUUCACUCGAGUCUUUUGAUUUUCUAUCGAAUGGCUCAAAAAGGCAAACGUCAGUGGUCUCCCCUGCUCAGAUAAGCGAACGGGCGGGUGCCCUUCUUCGUUCACGGCUCCUGAGCCGGUGGUGUAAGUUUCGCAUUCCCGUGGCAGGCAGCUAGUCCUCCCCUUAGCACGACCACGGUUUACUUCCCACAAUCUCGUACUGAGCUCAUCGACCAGAGAGGAAUGUGUUAUGGGCUGAGUUGACCCCUGGACCAGGAUUUGAACUCGGCCAUGGCAUGGGCCGGAUUGUACGGCCGGGCUCGAGCGCGGGCAGAGGAGAGGACUCUGCAGGAAUCGGUUUUGGGCGGUUCGAUCGCACUCCAUUACACGUGACGCCAGACGCGGCGCACGCUGGUAAACGAUGUUGCGUCAGCGGCGCUGGAUGUGUAUAAAGUAUAUAUUUUUUUCACAAGUUCGGCGCUUUAUUAGUAAGUGCCCGCCCUUGACGAGCUGUUGGCUAAAAUAGCGCGUUAUCGGUCAUCGCAAAAUGUAAUGGAAGUCCAAGCAAUUAUACGGAGACAAUUAACUUUCGUGUAAUAACGGUGACGAUAUGUAUUUUCUUUCUUAAAAUGGCACCGCUUGUUUUUCUUUGUUUAAAAAAAAAGUUUUAUUAUUCCGUGAUGUUUAUAAACAUUGUAAAAAGAAAAACGACCCAAGAGGAAUUCUAUAUUUGCCUCUCGAAACAAUGGCAGGGCUGCCCCGCUGCUGCCAAGCUUAUCGCUUCCCGACGGCGAAGUUGGGCCGGUCCUCUGUGCGACCCGCGGCCUCUGUGCGGCCACGCGGCCACACAGCUCGAAACGCUGCUGCCACCGUCAGCUCACCGUCUCGCAGUAGCUGACAGGUGUUACAAAACAAACUGCGGCAAGGAGGUUUACAACGUUACGGAAUAUCUGGCAGUAGAGGGAUUUUCUUUUGUUGGCCUGUGUUCACGCGUGUCUCGUCAUCAUCGUCGCCGCCGGUGUAACCGAGGAAUGCGUCGUUUUAUUCGCACGUGCCGUGGUGUACCGUGCCGUGCGUGUCCCGUACGUUUCCCUACAAAGACGGACCGUUUUAUAAUUGCUCCAAGGUGACGUUUGUUACGACGACAAUGGCCGUAUCUAUAACAAUAACAUCAUAAAACCGACGAACUUAAAAUAAAGAGCUCCCCCCAGCAAUAAAGACGGAAAGCUCGCGAGUGGCCCGGGAGAGAGGCCGUCGCCUCCCGAUGCAAUGUUCAAGGCAGAUAAAUGGCAGCGGUUUCUGCGCGGAGGACCGACUCCGUCUGCGAACGCGGUCGCUUUGAACGAUCGAAUACCCCACAGCUGGUUACCUUGCGUGGCGUGACUCGUGAGCGAUGGUUCGCACAGUCGCACAGACCUACCCCCCCCCCCCAUUCACCCCCCUCGCCGCCGUUAUCAGGGUGGUUGUGUUGGUGGUCGACGACGCUGUCGGGUGAACAGCGUCGUGGUGAUUGCGCUCGGCUGUCGUGGGCAUUACGAGACCGGCGCGCGCCAUCGGAGCGCUGCGCGCGCCCGCCCGCUCGCGCGUGCGUGCGUCUCGGUACGCAGCAGAGGCCACUGGCUUGCAGCACCGUGCAUAGACAAGUAGCGUGUGAAUGUCUGUAACAUUUCUGUGAAGCUGUUGAUAGUCACUGAAAACAACUCAGGCUUUUCCCUGUGCCUACUCCACUAUGAUUUGUUUUUCCUACUGGACUCCUUGGGUGUAGUCUUAAUAAAGCGACUUUCCUGAC